CACUGCUUCAGUGGUUAGGGAGUGGGAGACUGGCGAAGUGGCUCCUUGAGAAUCCAUGUAAACACUUCUGAUUGGUUGAUUCUCAAAGGAGGGGAUCGCCAACAGUGCUUGCCCUCGUUUUUAAUUUUUUUCCUUAUUCGAAACGGAAAGGGAAAGGGAAAGGGAAAAUGAAUGAAGAAGAGGAAGAGGUUCUCUCUCUCUGCCUUAUACCUUAGACACGCACUGCCUCCGUUCGUCUCUCUUUCUCCCCUAAUCCAAACCCUACCUCUUCGAUCCGGUUUUCCUCCUUCCAGUUCAUACGUCUCUUCAAUCUUCGCCAAUUUCUGUCUUCAUUAUUCUGAGAUAACCAAUCGCUAAGACCCCAUUCGAAAUCCUAACAGCUAUUCGAAAUCGCCAUCUGAGAGCAUAGCGACGGCGACGACGCUGGUUAUUUCACCGGUGAAAUCUUUUAUCGACACUUCUCUCUGGUUUGCUUCGUCGAACUUCAUGUUGCGCCGGCUUUCUAGAAAUGGCGACGGCGAACCCUUUCCAUUUGUGAGGUGACGACACCGAGGACCCCUCACAGCAAAUCGCCAUGGCGGCAGCGGCGUCUCUACCCAAGAAGUGUUCAGCUGUAACUCUCUGUAGCAAUCCCUCUCUCUACUUGAAACCCUAACUGGUGAAGAGGCGCUCUCUCUCUCUCUCUCAUACUCCGAAACCCCAUCUCUUCAACCCUGUUUUCCAGCUUCUGAUUCGUAUUUCUCUUCGGUCUUGGCCAGUUUCUUCGCUCAUGGAAGCACAAAAACGGAGGUAUUCGCCACCGGAACCUGAUCGAAAGGGCUGAAACCAGAUCAAGUUGAGGAUUCUCAUAGCAGUGAGACCCAGAAUCCUGUGAGUCACGCACUCUAUAAUCCUCAACUUUUCUGCUACCCCCAGAGCUACCGUCAAUCCAAUGUGGUCGAAGCCUACACCCGCCUUCGAAAAGUCGCGAAAUGAAGGGGUAACACGAAGGGGGCGUGGUACAUUCAACACGCAGGGGGCGUGGAGGCUACGUGGCACGCUCUGAUUGAGCCACGCAAGUAGCACGCAGGGGGCGUGCUGAGUCAGCACGCAGGGGGCGUGUUGACGUGGCUGAAUGUUCCUGCAACACGUGGCAGCACGCAAGGGGCGUGGUGAAUCAGCACGUGGGGGGCGUGAUGACGUGUCAAAGCGUGAUUGGCCUGGAAGUGCAGCACGUGGGGGGCGUUCUGACACGUGUCAAAGCGUGAUUGGUUGAGACAGGCAGCACUUCUCUAUAUAAAGAAGAGCUUGAGAGUGUUUUCCAUAGUGAGUGAGAUUUGAGUGUGUUGUGAGGAUUCUUUGAGGUGGUGUAAUGGAGGGUACUGCAAAUUUGGUGGUGUAUCGCAACGGGGAGAUAAUACGUAAUACUCAUGAGGGAGUGAGGUUUGUGUGCCAGAAUCCGUUUUCGUUUGUGGUUCCCUGCACGAUGACAUUAAUGGAGCUGCAGAACGGCCUCUGUCAAAGCAUGGAGAAUGGUACGUUAAUGAGAGUGAGCAGAAUUCUGUACCGAAAUCCGGUUGUGGUUUUUGGUGGUCUAAUACAGUUUGAUGCCAUGCCGAUCACUGAUGAAGCGAGUAUGCAGAAGAUGUUUCAAAUUCACCAGCAGACUCAGAUGCGACACCCACAGAUUGAGGUGUACGUUGAUUUUGAAAUUAUAGAGGCAGUGGCGGUUGAGAAUGAUGUAGAUAUACAUGAUGAUAGAGAUGCAGUGUACCAAGGAAUGAAUAGUGACAGCGAAGAUGAUUUCGAAGCCACUUAUGAGGCCGGCGACGAAGAUGAAGAUGGUAAUGUGGGAGUUGAGGCAGCAGCAGAGAAUGUAGUGAUGGCUCCGUCGAGCAGUCAACCGAUGGACGUUCCACCUUUUAUGCGUGAGUUGGAUCUCGAGGCCAUGCAUGCACACGAGUUUCCGGAAUAUACAAACAUAGGCGUUGCCGAUGGUGAGGACGGGGAGUUCCGGAUUGGAAUGGAAUACAGUUCUAGAAAGUCGGUCGUCGCAGCAAUUAGAAGUUUCACUAUUGGUAAAGGAGUUGACUAUGAGGUGUAUGAGUCUGAGCCACAGACGUUCGGAACAAAGGUUGCUUGAUACGGAAAAAAGGUUGUUGGGAGAUCCGAAGAUACAACGGUAGCCACACGUGCACGAUCGGAACAAUUUCACAAGAUCAUUCGAAGUUGGACUCAGAUACAGUUGCUGAUGCUAUAAGGCCAUUGGUCGAGACGGACCCGUCCAUCAAGGUGAAAUCUAUAAUUGCGGAAGUCCAGUCAAGGUUCAACUAUACCAUUAGUUACCGAAAGGCUUGGUUGGCAAAGCAGAAGUCCAUAGCCAACGUUUUCGGUGGUUGGGAGGAAUCUUACCAAGCCUUGCCAUGGUGGCUAUCGGUCAUGGUGCAGAAGAUGCCUGGUUCAGUUGUCCAAAUAGAAACACGACCACUGUACAACGGGAAUGAGGAGGCGCAAGGUGUAAAAAUACUUCAUCGUGUAUUUUGGAGUUUCAAUCCAUGCAUUAGGGCAUUCAGACAUUGCAAGCCGCUGGUUCAGGUUGAUGGCACACACCUAUACGGAAAAUACAAAGGUACACUUCUAGUAGCUGUUGCACAAGAUGGGAACCAUAAUAUUGUGCCUAUCGCCUUUGCCUUGGUGGAAGGGGAGACAGCUGAUGCGUGGCACUUCUUUCUAAGAAAUCUGCGAAUGUAUGUUGUUAGAAAAGAUGGGGUGGGUAUGAUCUCAGACCGACACGAGUCAAUACGGGCAGCAGUAAAUCGUUUCGGUGGCGACUGGCAACCUCUAAGAGCAUGGUGGAUGUUUUGUAUAAGACACAUCGGCAGUAACUUCUUAAGGGCAUUCAAAGUCCCUCACUUGCAAAAGCUUGUUGUCAACAUAGGUUAUUCAAGAACGGUGGAGGAGUACAAUAUCAACUAUAAGAGGUUGGAAGAGCGAGGCGAGGCAUAUGCCAGGUGGUGCGAUUCCAUUGGACUCAGACAUCGAUGGGGCCAUAUGACAACGAAUCUUGUCGAGUGCAUUAACUCAGUCUUGAAGGGUGCCCGUAAUCUACCUGUGUUGGCGCUGGUCCGAGCAACAUAUUAUAGGUUAAAUGAACUUUUUACGCGGAAGAGUGCCGAGACUCACGAACGCAAGCGUGCUGGAUAUACGUACUCUGCAUUUGCGCAACAGCGGAUAGAAGCAAGUAUGCAACAGGCCGGGAAUAUAGUUGUGCACCGCUUUGAUAGACGAAAUGAGGUGUUUUUAGUGCGCGAAAUGACUACUGGAAAGGUGCUAGUUGUUGAUCUUGCACGACGGACGUGUGAUUGUGGGCACUUUCAGGUUGAACGAAUACCAUGUCGCCAUGUUAUUGCUUGCUGUGCUAAUCAGCGUCUCGAUUGGCAGUUGUAUGUGCAUGACGUGUACAAGAUGACAGAGGUUCGUAAAGUAUAUAAGUUUGAGUUCACACCAUUAGGUGAUCCCGAUACAUGGCCCCCUUAUGAGGGACCCACAUUGGUCGCUAAUCCCGCGCAGAGACGAACGUCUAAAGGCAGGCCCAAACUGACCCGAUACUUGAAUGAAAUGGACUCACGCGACAUGCGUGGACCUCGGAUAUGCCGUCUCUGUGGUGCUCAGGGUCAUAGUCGGAGUAGGUGUCCUCAGCGUGCUGGACCGAGUGGUGCUGCUUCAUAGUUUAAUAUUGUCAUGGUUGUAUUUUUUAUUUGUAUUUUGUUAGUUGAUGAUUUUGAAAUUAGAUGUGUUUGUAUUUUUUCAAUUGAAGUCUAUCCAUUGAUAUAGAAAUCGUCGCUUAACAAUGUCAUUAACUGAUUACAUAAGUUAACAAAACAAACAUCAACUAAUUACGCAAUUUAAUUAAACACACAUUAAACCCGAUUUACAUAUGUUUAACAAACAAACAUCAUCUGAUUACAUAAGUUAAUUAAACAAACAUUAAACACGAUCUACAUAUGUUAACAAAACAAACAUUAACUGACUCAUCAUAUGUUAAAGAAACAAACAUCAACUGAUUACAUAUGUUAAAGAAACAAACAUCAACUGAUUACAUAAGUUAAUUAAACAUACGUUAAACACGAUCUACAUAUGUUAACAAAACAAACAUUAACUGAUUACAUAUGUUAAACAAACAAACAUCAACUGAUUACAUUAACUUAACGACCAAAGCUCACUUCUUUCCAACGAACCAGUGUAGUCCCUUACGCAUAAUGCCCGACGAUGGAGUAUACCUAUCAGGUGGAUUUCGCUCCGUCCGAAGGUCAUAUGGGUGACCUCGAACUGACCCUCCUGCAUCGGUCGGAGCGGCCGACCCGCCUGCCUCUGUCGGAGCGGCUGACCCGCCUGCCUCAGCUGGAGUAGAUGGACCAGGGAUGAAGGUGUCAACAACUGCGUAUCCCCGCUGACGCUGACUAAAACCACUAUCACAUGACGCACUCUCUGACGUGUGGUGAGAAGUACGACCCCGCAAAGCAUGUCCCAUAUCUACUGAUGCCCUACGUGGAUCAGCCGGCACCGACGGUGAAGGGAUACUACUAAAAUCUGACCAGCCUCCUAAACCAGCGUCAAUCCAAUCCUGUUGUAGCUGAUCUCCGGGUCCGUCGCUGGAGAAGUCAAACCAAUCAUGACCGGAAAGAAUGGUAAGUACGGGAUCAUGAUGCUGAGAGUGGUGGCUGUGCUGGGACUGCUGAGAGUGGUGGCUGUGCUGGGACUGCUGAGAGUGGGGGCUGUGCUGGGACUGCUGAGAGUGGUGGCUACCAUGACUGUAGGCCGGUGGCUGUGGUAUAUAAUAAGGAAACGGCUCAAACACUG